AUGGAACUCUCCGACCAACAGGUGGUUCUGAUAACGGGUUGUUCCACCGGCGGCAUAGGCCACUCUCUGGCACGCGCGUUCGCGGACAAGAACUGCCUUGUGGUGACAACGGCUCGCUCAUUGAACGCCUUGGCCGAUUUGGACAAUGACCCACGAUUCUUUCUUCAACAACUGGACGUGUUGUCCGCUCAAAGUGUUCACAAUGUUCUUGCCAACGUUCUUGAAAAAUUUGGGCGCAUAGAUAUAGUCGUCAACAAUGCUGGUGUGCAAUGCAUUGGGCCUCUUGCUGAAAUCCCUUUGUCUGCACUUGAACACACCUUCAAUACAAAUGUGUAUGGUAUGAUUCUGGAUCAUAUUCCUUAUGUACAGAUCUUUUGGUGA